AUGCAGUCUGUGACUCUCCUUCUCAGUCUUUUGGCCGUGGCCACCGAAGCUGCCCCUCAGCUUGGGGGACUUGGUGGGUUGUUUGGUGGGAGCGGGUCCAGCGGGGGUGGACUUGGUGGAUUGUUUGGUGGUGGCGGGUCCAGUGGAGGUGGACUCGGUGGGUUGUUUGGUGGUGGCGGAUCCAGUGGAGGUGGACUCGGUGGGUUGUUGGGCGGACUGGGCGGAUCCAGUGGAGGUGGAGCAGGGAGCACUGGCGGCAGUGGCCCCUAUCUAGCGGGCUACUCAACGGACCCAGGCCUCCCUGGCCACACCAUCUAUCUUCCCAAGGAGAUUCCCGCAGAUCUGAAGCUGCCUGUACUCGUCUGGGGCAAUGGAGCGUGCAAGGCCGACGGUACUUGGUUCGAUGAGGCAUUGACCGAGUGGGCCUCUCACGGGUUCCUGGUCAUUGCCAAUGGGUCUCCAGCCGGCUCGGGCCAGACCAAUUCGAAAAUGCUGAUCCAAUCGCUAGACUUUGUCACUAAGAACGCCGGCCAGGGCAAGUAUGCCAAUGUGGACGCAAGCCGCAUUGCUGCUGCAGGACAGAGCUGUGGUGGUCUGGAGGCGUACGAGACCGCGGCCGAUCCUCGUGUCAAGGCCAUUGGGAUCUUUAACUCUGGAGAAUUCAGCGACUCGGCAUCUCGUCAAACAGUCGCGACACUGAAACAGCCCGUCUUCUAUUUCCUUGGUGGUAGCUCGGAUAUCGCGUACGAGAAUGGCGAGCGUGAUUACAAAAACCUGCCCCGUAACAUACCUUCAUGGAAGGGUAACCUCGAUGUUGGCCACAUGGCAACCUGGGCAGAGGUUAAUGGUGGUGAAUUUGCUGUUGGAGGUACCAACUGGUUGAAGUGGCUGUUGCGAGGGGAUGCACAGGCAGCACAAUGGUUCACUGGCAACGGUGCUCAACAAGCAGGGUGGAAAGUGGAGAAGAAGGGCUUGGAAGGUAUCCAGACCACUCCCAUUUGA